AUGAAGCUGCAAGAUUGUUUCGUGCCUCGAGACUGCAUGGAUCAAAUCUUUUGUAGCUUCCAUCCGGUCGUGGCGUCCAACUGGGACGAUGAUGCACCCCAACUUGCGCUGCAAAACUUGAGGUUCAAUCAACAGGUCGGGCUCCAGAGUUUGCUGAAAGAUGGUGGCAAGCACUUCUCCGGGGUUGAUGAGGCCUUGCUGAAGAACAUCGAGGCCUGCAAGAACUUGGCGCAGAUCACCAAGAGUUCCCUGGGGCCAUACGGCAUGAACAAGUUGAUCGUGAACCACCUGGGAAAGCACUUCGUAACCAGCGACACAAACACAAUCGUGACGGAGCUCGAGGUCAUGCACCCGGCAGCCAAGCUAAUUGUCAUGGCAGCCAAAUCACAGGAGCAAGAAUCCGGAGAUGGCACCAACCUUUGCGUCAGUUUCGGUGGCGAGCUGCUGCAAAGGGCUGAGGAACUGCUCAAGGAGGGCAUCCACGCAAACGACGUCUACAAAGGCUACGAGCUGGCUAGAGACAAGGCGCUGGAAUACCUGAGCGAGCAGGUGUGCUGGAAAUGCACUGACUUGACGAGUGUCGACCAGCUGACGACCUGCGUGAAAACCGCCAUCGCAUCCAAGCAGUUGGGCUGCGAAGGUCCCCUGGCGAAGCUAGUGGCUGAGGCUUGUGCCCAGGUCAUGCCUCCUGUGCCAAGCAAAUUCGAUGUGGACAACGUCCGUGUGACGAAAGUGCAGGGGGGCAACUUGAACAGCUCAUUUGUCGUGGAGGGCAUGGCCAUCGCACGACGGACCAGCGGUGUGGAGCAGUUCAAAGAGAAAGCCAAGGUGGCUGUGUAUGCCGAAGCACUCGAACUGGGCUCAACUGAGACGAAGGGCACCGUCUUGUUGGAGAGCGCAGAGCAACUCAUGAACUUCAGCAAGGGUGAGGAACUGAAGAUGGACGAGCUGAUCCGUGGCAUCAAGGAGGUUGGAGUGGAGGUGGUCAUCGUGGGAGGAACGAUCAAUGAUAUGGCUUUGCAUUUCUUGAACAAGUACAAGAUCAUGGCCCUUAAGAUCUCCUCCAAGUUCGAGCUGCGCCGGAUUUGCCGCACUGUGGGUGCCACUUCCGUCAUCCGAACCGGACCACCGCUCCCAGAGGAGUGCGGGUAUGUGGAGUCAAUCAAAGUGGAGGAGAUCUCUUCCGAAAAGUUCACCAUCAUGAAAACGAGAGACUCCAAGAUCGCAACGGUCGUACUGCGCAGUGCGAGCCCCAACGUCUUAGACGAAUUGGAAAGGGCAGUUGACAAUGCAGUCAACGUAGUGCGAUGCACCUGCCGAGACCCCAGAUUCGUGGCAGGCGCAGGGGCAACGGAGAUAGAGCUUGCACACCAGCUACAGCAGUUCGGUGCCACUGUGCCAGGACUAGAUCAGUAUGCCGUCCUGAAGUUUGCAGAAGCACUUGAAGUAGUCCCAAAGAUCUUGGCAGAGAAUGCCGGGCACAGCCACGUGGAUGCGAUCACCGCACUCUAUGCGGCCCACCAGAAGGGCGAGAAGACCGCAGGAGUGGACGUCGACUCGGGCACCUUGGUUUGCAACGCCGCCGAGCGGGGCAUCCUGGACCACUCCGAAACCAAGAAGUGGGCCAUCCGCUUCACCCUUGAUGCUGUGCUCACGGUCUUGAAAGUAGACCAAAUCAUCAUGGCCAAGCAGGCAGGAGGUCCCAAGGGUGGCGGCGAGGGCAAUCGUGACGACGACUGA